GAUUGGGCGAUUGCUGCCGGGGGUUUGCAAGGAUUGCAGCUCCAGGUGUCCAGCGAGACUGCAUCGUCGGGGUGAACAGUUGGCGGUCUUCUUGCCUCCAACGGGUGGCUGUGUUUACAUUCGCAAGGUGCCAGCAGACGUGGAGCGAGUUCGCGUUGCAUGGCACUGGCAUUUGGACUUGUCGGUCUUCGUUUUCCUCAUGGCCGGCCUCACCCUUGUGUUGGCGUGGAGACCAUUGUCUGAGAGUUCUGUUUUCCAUGCCGGACUGGGAGGACUUGGAUCUUUGGUGUUGAUUGGCACCAUGGUGUCCUUCUGGAUUGUCAAAAGUGCGCGUGGCACUCUUCACGGAACGAUACCUUUCGGCCGCUGGUUGACGACCCUAGCUGCUGCCGUGUUUGCUUUCAUUCCGGCCGCCCGAAACGUAAUCCUUGCAUGGGCGUGGCGAUGGCUCCCUGCCCCCGACUGGCACACGUGGCUCAGCAUGCGAGAUCCCUUCUUUGAGCUGCCGGUCGGUUGCCUCGUGUUCGGCGUGGUGAUCUUGAUCUGCUUGGUCUUGGUUCACCUAGGUGCCGGCCUGGCGAUUCGAUACUUUGCAUCGGCGCCGGAGCCACAAGGUGAGGUGGAGUUUCUUAUCGGCAGCGAUGGCCGCAGAGUCGACCUCUUGCCCCCAGUUCCAGUUGCGCAGAGGAUUCUCGGCUGGACGAUCUGGCUCUCUGGGCUCGGACUUCUGCUUUCCGGCACUCAUUCCGAUAUCUGCUCAGCCAUGCUCGUCGUGGCAGUGCUGUUGAAGGAUCAUGUGAUACACCUCGUGUGCCUGGUGAAGAUGUGGAGAGAAGCUGAAGUUCAGCCAAAGGACUUGCAUGACCUCAUGCCAGCCAGUCAGAUGCACGCAGAGGCAAGCGCCGCCACCGCACAGGCGCUGGCGCAGCUGCAGAACUAUCUCAAGGAGCACCCGACUGUCGUGCGGAAAGUCCGGGAGGACACGGAGUUGACACUCCGGCGCUUCUCCGUGGACGGGAGUCUUCCGCGACAACCUGAGGUCCCUGUCGCUGCGACAUCUCGGUCGUCGUGUUGCUUGCAGUGA